AUGCUUCGCUCUUCGCGUCAACUCGCUCGGCUUGCUCCGCGCAAAUUCGCAGCUCCCUCAACAGUCCCAUCAACAUCCUUCUCGACAAGAACUCCGUCGAGUUCUCCUCACACCCCCAGGCGACCUGCUUCGGUCCUCCAAGCUCGCCUGACUCCCUUGUCCCUCCAAGCACGAUACACAAAUUCGCCUUACGACAAGAUUGAUAAGAAGGCCGAGGCCGAGAUUGCAAAAAAGAAGCUCGAGUCUAAUCCCGAGGCGGUUUCGACCGAGUCGUCUAGGAUCCAUCUCUUUGAGCCGGAACCCGCAAAAGCACAAAAGGAAGAGGAUCUCACAGGAGGACUCAAGAAGGAGUUGAACAUUGUCAAGGAUACCUUCAAUCUCAGCGAAGUGCCAAGGGAGCCCUACUUGCUCGGUCUUGCAGGCACUUUGCCCUACCUUGCGACAUCCCUGAGUACAGUCUACCUGAGCUGGGAUCUGAACCUCGAAUGGCCCUCCACGUCGACAUUUGCAAACCAUAUUUACAUGAACCAUGAUUCGGCGCAAUACUGGCUGAGCCUCCUCGAGCCUAUCCAGCUCGGAUAUGGCGCCAUCAUCAUCUCCUUCCUUGGAGCAGUCCAUUGGGGUAUGGAAUACGCCGAAAAGACGCCUCAUCCCACCCGAACAAAGUUCCGCUACGGCAUGGGUGUCGUCGCGCCUAUGAUUGCCUGGCCAUCCCUUCUCAUGCCCGUCGAAUAUGCCCUCACCUCGCAAUUCGCCGCCUUCACCUUCCUCUACCUUGCCGAUACCCGAGCCAAAAACAAGGGCUGGACCCCACAGUGGUAUGGAAUCUACCGCUUUGUCCUGACUGCCAUUGUUGGAGUCUCCAUCUUUGUCAGCUUGGUUGGUCGCACCAAGAUUGGCAACGCACAACCCCACAUUGGCGAGGGCCUAGCCGAGAGCAUGCACCAGGGCAAGACCGAUACAACCAAGGACUGGGCUAAGCUUGAGGAGGAGGAGAGAAAGAAGCAGAAGAAGGAGAAGGAGGAGGCCGAGAAGAAGAAGAAGGAAGAAGAGAAGAAGCAAAAGGAGGAGGAGAAGAAGAAUGCCAAGAAGGGUGACUCCAAGAGCAAGACCAAGAAGGACGGCAAGAAGGACACCGGUGCUAACAAAAAGGACGACUCCGAGGAGGAGGAGGAGAGGGAGGAGGAUAAGCAAGACGAGGACGACAAGCAGGAUGAUGAGAAUGAAGAAAAGUCUAAGGACAAGGACGGGUCCAAGGAUGACUCCGAGGAUGGGGAUAAGGACGAUUCCAAGUCCAAGGACGAGGGCAAAAAGAAGGAGAAGAAGGAGUAA